GGCAUUUCUUUCUGUACGCUUUGCCUAGAGCUUGUUUAUGAGUCUCACAUGUUGUGGCCGGGCGGUUUAUUUAGUUCAAAUAUUCUUAGUUCCAUAGCUCGUCUCUUUCUGUUGCGCUCUCUCAUUUACGAGUGCAUAACUGUGUGGAUUUCCACUCUCAACCUCUUUUUUUGGAUUCGUAUAUUGUGUGUAUUUGGACGCUGCCUUGUGAGACACUUUUUGCAAUUUAUACAUUUAGUUGUAUUUCACAGUCCUUGUGUAGUUCACGUGUUGGCGUUGCUUUUUGUGGAUUCGGGAAAGUGUUUUUUUUAUCUGUUUUUCUUUAACUUGUUUUUGGUGCCAACAGAGAGGAGGGUUUAAAACAAAUUGUGUAUAGUGGUGGUUAGCAGCUGGCACGGUGGAGUUUGUUUUAGAACAAGUUACAUUGAACAGGCAGACGAGUGAAAACAUCAUAGCGAGACUUAAUAAAAUGGGAAAAAAGCCCUGUCGUUAUGUUUUGGAACGUAGAAAACUUAAAGACAGGCCACGUAAAAUUCUUAACUUGGAAGAACGUGUUCAAGCCAUACGCAUGUACGAUGAAAUACCAGUAUAUCAGAGAGUAGCAUCUGCGUUUAAAUGCAGUUGGGAACAAAUUAAAAAUGUCGUUGCCAAUCGUAAAGAUAUACUAAAAUACUACGCCAGUUGCCAAAUCAUAGAUGUCAUGAAGGACGACCCAAAGGUAGUGCGCCAUAAGAAAAUCAACUUUUUGGGCAAUUGCAUGUACGAGUACAUAAAAAGAGCUCACUAUCAUAAAAUGCAAACGGUAACGGAUGAUGUUAUACGUGAUCGUGCCAUGGAAUUUAAAGAGAUCAUAAAAAUUGAGAAAUUUUUUCCGAAUCGAGCCUGGAUCAGAGAUUUUAAAUCGGUGUUUAAUAUCAAUUUGGAUCACAUUAAUCAGAUUAUUAUAACAAGAAAACCUCAAAGAUCACUAAACUGCAAAGAUAUUAUAACAUAUUGUGCCAAAGAAGUUGAUAAUGCGCUGUCUUCGCAGCCGGGAAGUUCAAGAAAUCAAAUUAUACCAGAAGGUGAUGGUAAUACCAUAGAAAUCGGCGAUGAAGGUGAGAAUAAUGAUGAAGAUGAUCCAUUGGAAAGUUUGGAUGAUGACGAAGAUGUCGACGAGGAAGGCGCUGAUGAUGAAAUGAUUAAUGAAAAUGAAGAAGGUCCUACUAUAAAUUAUGGAGACUAUGAAGAUUACCAUGACGAGUCACAGGAAGAUGUCAAGCCCGACAUAAAAGAAUUGGAAGAUAAACUAAAUAAUGCAAGAGAUAUUGCAGAUGUUAUAAGCCCUGAAAAUAUUAAAGAAGAACCUAAUGACAAUCCCUCUAUAUUAGAAAGUUGUCUUUUAGGUAUUGACAAAAAUUCUAAGCGAAGUUUUCAAAAACCACCCUCUAAACGUCCCUCUUCCUCCUCAUCUUCCACCUCAACAACAUCUAAGCCAAUACCCUCAUCUAUAAGUAGUUAUGAGGAAGCAUUGAGAUUGAUGCGGCCCCUGGAGGAAUUUGCCAUAUUCGAAGAGGAUUUUAAGGCCAUAAAUCUUUUAAAUCAAUUGGCCCAAGUGUAUGAAAAAGCGAAAAAACGUAAACGUUUCGAGUAGUAAAGAUGUGGCUGAAAAUUUCAUUAAGAUUUUAAAAUAAGAUUUUUUUUAAUAAAUGUGAUAAUCAUAAAUGUAUUAUAUCCCGAAAAUAUAAAUUCUACUGAAAAACAAAA